UAGGGCAGAGUUAACACAAAGCAGCGACGCCACUCCAGCUCCACUCCGAAGCCACACUUGAAGCGGCAGGGGAGGGACGGCGACCGAGAGUGACGUGACGGGGUGAAGACGCUCGAGCGAGAAACCUCUGAACUCCUGGAAGCGACGAGUCCAUCCGAGAGAGGCGGGCAUCUGAGAGGCAAGGGGGUCUUCGGCCACAAGGUCCUGAAGGAUGGAAGAGAAGCAGAUUGCCGGGAUCCUGAAUGGAGCGGUUCCGGGCGAGUCGGUGAAGAAGGAUGAAAACUCCCGGAGAGGGAACUGGGGCAACCAAAUAGAGUUUGUCCUCACCAGUGUGGGCUAUGCUGUUGGUCUGGGAAAUGUUUGGAGGUUCCCCUACCUCUGCUACAGGAAUGGAGGAGGUGCCUUUAUGCUCCCGUAUUUUAUCAUGUUGGUCUUCUGUGGCAUUCCACUCUUCUUCCUCGAGUUGUCCUUUGGGCAGUUUGCCAGCCUGGGGUGUCUGGGAGUCUGGAAAAUUAGCCCAAUGUUCAAAGGUGUGGGCUACGGCAUGAUGGUGGUGUCCACCUACAUCGGGAUCUAUUACAACGUAGUGAUUUGCAUCGCCUUCUACUACUUUUUCAUGUCCAUGACAAACUUAUUGCCGUGGACGUACUGCGACAACCCCUGGAACACGCCGGACUGCAGCGGAGUGGUGACCCAAAGAGGCCAGAUUAACGGCACCCUGGCGAACGUCACCCACACCGUGGCCACGGGGGUCAGCGAGGUGGUCAAUCGCACCAAGAGGACCAGCCCCAGCGAGGAAUACUGGAAACACUACGUGUUGGACAUCUCUGACGACAUUGGCAACUUUGGAGAGGUGCGCCUCCCCAUCCUGGGCUGCCUGGCUGUGUCCUGGGUGGUGGUCUUCCUCUGCCUCAUCAGGGGCGUCAAAUCCUCUGGAAAGGUGGUGUACUUUACGGCCACAUUUCCUUACGUUGUUUUGACCAUCCUGUUUAUCCGCGGCAUUACCCUGGACGGAGCCGUCAACGGCAUCAUGUACUACCUGACUCCGCAGUGGCAGAAGGUCCUUGAUGCAAAGGUUUGGGGAGAUGCUGCAUCACAGAUUUUCUACUCCCUGGGAUGUGCUUGGGGAGGCCUCAUUACCAUGGCUUCCUAUAACAAGUUCCACAACAAUUGUUUCAGAGACAGCAUCAUCAUCAGCAUCACCAACUGUGCAACCAGUGUCUACGCUGGCUUUGUCAUUUUCUCCAUCCUGGGCUUCAUGGCACACCAUCUGAACGUGCCGGUAUCGGAGGUCGCCGACCACGGCCCGGGACUGGCCUUUGUGGCUUACCCAGAAGCACUCACUCUGCUGCCCAUUUCCCCACUCUGGUCGCUGCUCUUCUUCUUCAUGCUCAUCCUUCUCGGACUGGGGACUCAGUUCUGCUUACUGGAGACGCUGGUGACGGCCAUUGUCGAUGAGAUUGGCACUGACUGGAUUAUCAGAAACAAGACUGUAGUUACACUGUGUGUGGCUGUUGUUGGAUUCCUCCUGGGAGUGCCGCUAACAACCCAGGCAGGAAUCUACUGGUUGCUGCUGAUGGACAAUUACGCUGCUAGUUUCUCUCUGGUCAUCAUUUCCUGCAUCAUGUGUGUCUGCAUCAUGUAUAUUUACGGUCACCGAAACUAUUUCAAAGACGUUGAGAUGAUGCUGGGUUUCCCUCCUCCGCUCUUCUUCAAAGUGUGCUGGAGGUUCAUCUCCCCCGUUAUUAUCUCUUUUAUCCUGAUCUUCACAGUGAUCCAGUACAAGCCCAUCACUUACAAUGACUACGUGUACCCCGGCUGGUCCCUGGCCAUCGGCUUCGCCAUGGCUCUGUCCUCGGUGAUCUGCAUACCCAUCUACGCCCUCUACAAGAUCUCAAGGUCCCCAGGGGCCACUUUCAGAGAGCGCUUGAAGCACGCGUGCCAGCCUCAUCCCAAGUGGGGCCCAGCCCUGCGGGAGCACCGCACCGGCCGCUACGCCCCCGCGGCCACCGAAGACACUGUGGAGGCACGUCCCCUCAAGGAGAAGGACGAGCUGAAAGAGGAGCUGCGGGAGGAGGAGAAGGAGAGGAAGGAUGACAUCAGCCUCACCAUCCAGGGAAGCAACGGCUCCACCAACACACACAACAACCCAAACCCGAGCGCAUAGAUGGCAGCUCGCUCUGUCACCCGCUACUGUCGCCAUGUGCCCUUCUCCCUUCUCCUCCCUUCUCCUCCCUUCUCCUCCAUCCUCACCCCACUUUCCCACAGUCCUCUGUGGGGGAGAUCCCUUUUUGCUGGAGACCUUUACAUAUUGUAAGGGCUUAUUAUAUCUAUCCUAACCUCUGCUGUCUCGCUGUGAUAUCUCUAGGAACAAAAACAACAAAAAAAAGGCACAAAAAAAAGAAUAAAUUGGGGUCACCGUCCAAAUGAUUUGCGUAUGUUUGCGUGCGUGCGUGGGAUUGUUAAUUUUGUUGCACAUAAUUUAAUAAUGCAGUUUUUUCCUCAUCUCCACAUGCAGUUAGAGGUAUGGUAGAUUGUGACGCUGUUUGUGUUGUGCAGACACACACACACACACACACACACACACACUGUUCUCCUGACAUCUUGAAACUGGGCCCGCUUGGGAUGGGUGGACGCAGAACCUUUUGGCCCCCUUUUGGCCCAUUUACUGUCCCACGUGGUGACAAUGAGUCUCAAUAGUACCGCUGGAAAAUGAAUUUACGAGGUGACGUUCUUAAGACACGUUUCACUCGUUACGGAAAUAUUCCAGGUAGAAACAAGGAGUCCUACUCGGGGGAAAACCAACUACAGUAAAUAGCACGCGAUAAAGGAGGGAUUACUGCAUCGCCUUGUGUCUACACACACGCAUCACUUGUGUAUUUGAAGUGCAGUGGCACCUUUCAAGUGCAGUGGUUCUUUCUUGAUUUCGGGGGUGUUUCUCACCUGCUUCGUCAAAUUGCUGGCACUCUCAACUUUCUUUGGCCCCAUGGUGGGUUAUUUAGCAGUCGCACCGCUGACGGUGAGUCACCAGCGUUUGGGGACUCCAUUCCGCGCAAUGAUUCGGUAGAGUGAAAACGGACCGACCGUUCUUCUUUAUCAGCGCCCUCUCUUGUUUAGGAGGACUCUUUGGUCUCUACCUUCUGCAGUGUGGGCAGUCCGACACCCGAUGGCCUCAGUAUUUCAGGCAAAGACUUGGCAGCUUGUUUCUGGAGCAGCACAGUAAAUCUUCAUCAUCAUCCAUGUGAAACGUAUGAAUAUACUGUAUUUACAAGUAUAUAGCUUAGGGUCAGGGUUACAGGUUUAGGGUUAGGGUUAGAAGCUAGGGUUCCCAAAAUAAAAACUUGAAUUUGAAUUGGGUUAGGAUUAGGUUUAGAGGUUAGGGUUAGGAUUAGGAUUAGGAUUAGGGUUAGGUUUAGGUUUAGAGUUCGAGGUUAGGGUUAGGGUUAGGAUUAGGUUUAGAGGUUAGGGUUAGGAUUAGGUUUAGAGGUUAGGUUAGGGUUAGAGGUUAGGGUUAGGAUUAGGUUUAGAGGUUAGGGUUAGGGUUACAUUUAGGGUUAGAGGUUAGGGUUAGGAUUAGGUUUAGAGGUUAGGGUUAGGAUUAGGUUUAGGUUUAGAGUUCGAGGUUAGGGUUAGGGUUAGAGGUUAGGAUUAGGUUUAGGUUUAGAGUUCGAGGUUAGGGUUAGGAUUAAGUUUAGAGGUUAGGUUAGGGUUAGAGGUUAGGGUUAGGAUUAGGUUUAGAGGUUAGGGUUAGGUUUAGGUUUAGAGUUCAAGGUUAGAGUUAGGAUUAGGUUUAGAGGUUAGGGUUAGGGUAAUGUUUAGGGUUAGAGGUUAGGGUUAGGAUUAGGUUUAGAGGUUAGGGUUAGGAUUAGGUUUAGGUUUAGAGUUCGAGGUUAGGGUUACGGUUAGGAUUAGUUUUAGGUUUAGAAUUCGAGGUUAGGGUUAGGAUUAGGUUUAGAGGUUAGGUUAGGGUUAGAGGUUAGGGUUAGGAUUAAAUUUAGGGUUAGAGGUUAGGGUUAGAAUUAGGUUUAGAGGUUAGGGUUAAGUUUAGGGUUAGAGGUUAGGGUUAGGAUUAGGUUUAGUAGGUUAGGGUUAAGAUAAGGGGUCUGAAAAUAAAAAUUUGAAUUUGAAUCUUGAAUAGUCAAGUUUACCCUUUCUGGACAGAUUUGGAUAUUUGACCUGUUCCAGUCUUGAAAUCAUUUUACCAGUCCAUCGUCAUAGAAGGGCUGAGUUUAUGUCUUCAUAAGUAGUACAAUGCUGUUCUACCAACAUGAACGUGAAGCACACACAAAAGUAGAAGAAUUAACGCCGCAGUCAAUGAGUGCAACAUCCAUUAGCAUUCCAACAGUGGUAAGCAUCGUGUGCUAAUGAAUGAAUUAUUGACUGUAAUGCGCUCACAAAUUGCCCUGCUUUGCCACGAGAUGCCGUGCAGUUGCACCUUUCGUCCACAGGAUGGGGCUAUGCUGACACACCGUCCUCCUGUGCCGAGUUGGAGCUGUGGCACGCAUUCAGUGGGGGUCCUAGCUAUCACGCCCCUCCCUCAUCAGCAUGUAUUCCGUAUGGUCUAUUGCAGGGGUGUCCAAAGGGUAAAACAUUAAAAGGUGACAGAAAAAACUGCAGUGCAUCUUUGUGAUGUAGCUGAAAAAACACAUGAAUAUGAACCUUGGGAUUGGCUCUUUACUUUUCCAAAUGUUCUUUAUUUUUCAAAUAUUUCAACUGUCUUCUUUAAUAAUUUGCAUAAUCUUUCUUCAUGUAACAUUAUGACUUUAUUCCCAUAAUAUUUGGACUUUUUUCCCAACCUAAUUUUCCAAAAGUGAUCACUUUUUUUUCGUUCUUCAAAAUAUUACAACUUAAAAAAAAACAUAUUUUUAUUUAAUUCUAAGUCCAUGCUACUAAAAUGCUUUUUUUAAAAUCCUCGUAAUAUUACAAGUUUAUUCUUGCAAAAUAUGCUGUUUUUGUUUUUAAUUUUCCAAAAAUUUUAAGGUUCCUCUUGUAAAGGAUUUUCUCGGAAUUAUGACUUUAUUCCCAUAAAAUCAUAACUUUUUCCUCAACCUAAUUUUCCAAAAGUGACAACUUAAUUUUAGAUUUUUUGUUUAUUUUAAUUGUAACAUUUUUCUCAGUAUUUUGACUUUAUUCUUGUAAAAUGUGCCUUUUUUAAAAUUUCCAACUAUUUCAACUUUUUUUCUUCUUGGAGUGAUGACUUUACUCCCGUAAUAUUUUGACUUUAUUCCUCCUAACAUUCAUUGCUUUGUUUGUUUUUCCUAACCAUAUAUUUUUGUAGAUUUCCACGUCACGCUAAAUGACGUUAUUUGUCAUUAUUUGUUAUUUGCUUUUUCUUGUUAUAUUACAACUUUUUUUCUCGGAGUAUUUUGUCUUGUGUUGCGGGUUUUUCCAUUUUUUAAGGUUUUUUGUUUGGUUUUCUUGUUAAAUUCUAUUUUUAGAAUGUGCCACGAGCUGCAAAUAGCCCCCGGGCCGCACUUUGGACACCCCUGGUCUGUUUUCACAUUAAUUUCAGCAAUGCGGUGUGCAGCGUUCCACAUCAUACUGUUGGCUUUUUACUCGGUUUGACUUCAAAUGAGAAACGUAUGUAGAUGCAACAGCCACUGCUGGUUCUAGUAUACGUAUUUCUAUACACAGAGCUGACACCAUGCUUUUUGCCAAGCAUUCUCUCAGCCACCGUGAGUCGUUUGCAUUGUAAAUCAGAAAGCCUUUUUCGGUCCCCCGUGGCUCAUAGUGAGUGAAAGGUGUCGCAAGCAACGCCACCGUGUUGUCAUGCUGUAGCGGUAUAGCGAUACCACCCCCAUCCCUGCUGGCCCCCACAACUCUCCCAACCUUUGUACAGUCAUGUAAAAAAAUGAUAUUCCAGUACUGACUGUGUGUAUCUUUACUUUUCUUGCUAGGGAGGCAGGUUUGUUUGCGUUUCAUUUGUCCUUCUUAGUGUAACGUAGAUGUCACGUGUUUUGUGUGCUUUGUGUAUUAGUGGAUUAGCGUCUGCAUGUAGAGCGGACGUAGUGUUAAUGUCAACGUACCUCUAAUUUUCAGUCUUGUUUUGAUCAUGCUAUAUAUACAGUAUAUAUAUACAUACUGUAUAUGCAGUAUAUGCCUUUUCAAAUGAUUUUUUUGUACUAAAAGAGGAGAAAAAGGAAACGGACAUAUUUCAUCAUCAGAUGUUAGAUAAUAUUCUACAAGCAUUGCCAAACAAAAGCUUUGGAUUAAAACUUGAACUACAGAAGGAUGGUCAGUUUUUUACAGCGGAGUUUUCGGGCCACAUUGGAAAAAAAUUAAAGAAAAAAAUCGGAGAUUUCAAGAAUGAAGGCGGAAAUUCACGGGAAAAAUAGUUGUGAAUUUCACGGGGGAAAAAAGUCGUACAUUUACGACCUUUUUCUUGCAAAUUUACGAGAAUGAAGUCGUAAAUUUACGAGGGGAAAAAAGCUGUAAAUGUAUUUUUAAAAAAAAGCAGAAAUGUAUGAGAAAAAAGUGGAAAUCUACGAGAAUAAAAUCGUACAUUUACGAGGAAAAAAGUUGUAAAGCAAAAAUUUAUGAGGAAAAAGUCGAAAAUCUACGAGAAUAAAGUUGUAAAUUUACGAGAAAAAAAAAUCAGAACUUAGUCUGACUUUUUUUAAAAGUUGUAAAUUUGCUUUAUUUUUCUUUUUUAAAUGUAUUACGUUUUUCUCCUAAAUUUACGACCUUUGCAUUAGAACUUGAACUAUAGAAAGAUGGUCAGCAUUUUACCACGGCGUAUUAGGGCCACAGUGGAAAAGAAUAUAUAUAUAUAUCGUAAAUUUAGGACCUUUUUCUUGCAAAUUUAAGAAAAUAAAGUCAAAUUUACGAGGAAAAAAGUUGUAAAUGUAUAAUAAGAAGCAGAAAUUUAUGAGAAAAAGUCGGAAAUCUACGAGAAUAAAGUUGUAAAUUUACGAGAGAAAAAAAUCGGAACUUAGUCCGACUUUUUCUAAAAGUCGUAAAUUUAUGACUUUUACAAGCAUUACUUUUUUUAAAAAGUCAAAACUUAGUCAAACUGUUUUAAAAGUCAUCAAUUUACGACUCUAUUCUCGACAAUUAUGACACUUUUUUUUCAUCAAAUUCUUUACAACUUUCCUCGUAAAUUUACGACUUUAUUCUCGAAAUCUCCAAUUUCUUUUUUGUCCGACGUGGCCCUCGUACUCCGUCGUAGUUUUUAGUGAGGGCUGCAGAGACUUUUUCUUGUUCUUUCUUUUGUUUGUUUGUUUUUUUUGAACAGUUGCAUGAGGUGAGAAGCUCUAUACAAACGAUGUACAAACUAAUUGUGACCCUAAUCUUAAACCUUGAACAAGCAAAAAACAACGCUGAGCAAAACCAACACCAAAUAAUAACAAUAUUAAUAUUAUUAGAAUGAUUCCACAGAUUUCAGGACCCAUUUUUCAUGACUUUUCUCUCACAGUCUGUGGUAUGUUCUGCAUGUGGUCUCUAAUAUGGUUCAGUAUCUUUUAUUGUGGAAAGCAAAUGUACACCGAGGUGCGGGAAGUUACUAAUAUUGUACAAAAAUCGACUACCAUGUUUGGAACUUGAAUUUACCGCUUAAUCCCACGUAAUAUCACUUUUUUUUUUUUUUUUUUACAAGCAACGGGAGGAAAUGUGCUUCAAACACGCUUGCACGUCGCCGUGUUUAGAAAAAAAUCUAUUUUCCAGUGGUUCUGCUGAAAGAAAUGUUAGCAUGGGAGAGAAAAAGCACAGGUGAAAAGAGCACAGUUCUUCUGGUACCUUCUAUCAUCUCUAACUGUGUCAGUUCUUCUUCUUCUUCUUCUUCUUCAGUCUUAGGGCCAAAAUACGUUGAGAUGUCUUAGUCCUGUCAGCUGUAUAUUGUAAAACUGUUGAAUUACAUUGGUAAAUAAAAUCUAUUUUAAAGAUCA